AAUACUCUUAUCAUAAGAUAAGGGAUGAUGGGUAUUGGGGAAUCAAUUGAAAAGGCUCAUAAAAUAGGCUUUUUGCUUUAAAAUAUGUCCCUUAAUUUAAGAAAUGCUUGGAAAUGAUUAGACUGUAGUUGCUGACCUUUAGUCAUUAACUGUUGUCUCAGUGAAGAAUAGCUAAGUUUAAGUUCUUCAAAGGUCUUCCUCCCCCUGUGAAAUAUCAGAAGGGUAGGUACAACAUAACCAUGUUGACUUAGGUCUGUUUUGUAGUAAUUCUAGAAGUAUGGUUGUUGUUUGAAGGGGGAAAAAAAGCUUCUUUCUCACUUUGAAGUAGCUUACUAGAAUUUGAGGAGAGCUGGUGUUGUAUGUAGCUUAUUUGCAUAUGAAGUAGCUUUAUUGCAAUCUUUGCCAUGAGAGCAUUCUUUGCUUUCUGUCCAGAUUUGAUUGUGACUCAGUGUAUAAGUGCAGCAAGUGUCUUAAUAGAUUGCAUCAGCAGCUCUGUAAGGUUUUGCCUUGAGUUUUCUUAGCUGUUGGUCAACAAAUGUAAGCACGCUCCAUUGAUAUGUGUGAGCCUCUGCACUUCAUCUCAGUGUCUGGAGGGAGCAGGAAGGAGGUGAUAAGCAGUAGUGUGAAUAGUUCAGGACUUCCACAUUCGUGCGUGUGUCUGGUGGAAGCUUGCAGUCAUACUGUUAUGUAAACUUCAUUUCCUUUAGUCAGGAGUAGAUACUGCUCUACAGUUCAGCUGUUUUCUGUGUGUGCUGUCUGCUACUUUUGUGUACUAACAUAGUUUGUGCACUGAAGGUACAUGUUAUGAUUAAAACUUAAAAAUUUAAAGCUAGUAUUUAAUAUCAGUGCAGUUUAACAAAGUAUUUGAAAUUCAAAAUUAUAUGAAAUUUUGAAAUCUGAAGACUUCACUGAGGGCUAGAAGUCUGCAUGCCUCAAGAACUGGUGCAAGGUGAAUUUAAUACAAUUGUUGCUUGAAAAGCUACUGAGCUGGGUAGGUGUGCUGCUUAGUGUGUGUACAUACAUAAAUAGAGUUCUUGUUAGCAUAUCCCCCCCUAGGGGUAGUAUGGGUGGUGAACACGAGACUUGAAUACCUAAUUUUUAAAACAUGGCAAAAAUCCGUAAAUUUAAAACAUGAAAUAUGAAGAAUGUAGUGAUGCUUGAAAGUUAAUUGAGAAUAAUUACUGUGGAAUCUUUGCUGUUUGUAUUGAGUGGAUAAAGAUGGAUUUCUGGCAGAGAUACUGUGAUAUGAUUUGAGUUUUCUCUCUUAACAUCUACUUCUUGGAUAGUGUUGCUUUAAUGGAGAUAGGUUCUAGACUUUGGAUAUCUAUUCCUGAAGCUUUCAAUGUAUACUGAAAACCAUUGCCUGUGGUAAGCCCUCAGUGCUGAAGAGAUUGAUUGAGAAGUUAAAGCAAUGUAGGUUUACUUCAUGUGGUUCUGGUAAUUAUUCCAGAAGGGAAAGUAAGCUCAUCUUACAUUAAAGGAGAUUAAUUCAUCCAGGAUUAUUACGAUCAAAAGCUUCAACAGUAUCUUUGAGGGGAGAGGAAAGAGAAGAUAAUUUGGCUGAUUGUUUAACUAUCAGAGGGUGCAGAAUUAGCUGAGGACUUAACAAGUUCUUAGUGAUUUAACAAGGCUUUUUGGCUCAACACGUGUACUGAAUUUAUCAUAUCAGGAGAAAAUGCUCUGCUCCCUCAGAAAAGCUGGCUAAAACUUACAUUUAAUCACAAUCACCAAGGUUGGAAAAGACCUUCAAGAUCAUCCAGUCCAACUAUCCACCUAUCACCAAUACUACUCACAAAACCAUGUCUCUCAAUACAAAAUCCAACCAAUCUUUGAACAAUCCAACAGUUCCUUGAAUGAAUGAAUGAAUGAAGCUCCUUAAUGAAGGAGCUAAGAAGAUGCCUGAUUCCCUCUAUCACUUCUUUUUAUCUUCCAUCCAGAGUGGUAUGCUUCAUGCUCUCACUGUUACCUGUGUAAAUCUGCAAGAUAUUUCCUUUAAAAAACGAGGUUCAAAAGUUCCAGCAAAGUCCUUUGUCAGAAGACCCCCCCAGAUGGGGAAAAAAAAAAACUAUUGGAAGCUGAUCUAUUAAGUGGGAACUGGUGCUAAUAAACUUUAUCUGCUUGAACUUACCACUAAAGGAAAAGUUUAAUUCAUCUCGAGAUUGAAACCCUUCUGAAAGUCAUAGUAGACAAAAUAGAUUAUUGUUGGUAAGGGGUGACUGGGAGAGUGUGUGUGUGUGUGUGUGUGUGUGUGUGUGUGUGUGUGUGUGUUUGUAUAUAUUGACUCAGGAUGUUUAGGUGUAAGAUAUUAUUCAUUCUUGUUUUCAGAGUUUCGUGGGUUCAUAAAAUUGUUCCAUCUUUAUAGUUUAGUCAGUAUAGUAAUCAAGGAUGAGUGUGGGCUCAGUCUGUUUUCUGCACCAUUCUUCCUCAGUAUCAAGAGACCGAGAAGAGGAGACAGGACCAUCAUUCCUUAGGAUCUCAAAGGUCUAAGGAAUCUGGGGCAGUGGAUCCAUAAAGGCAAGCUUCAGUGCCCACUCCAAGGAUGCUCCAAUGAUGAAGAGAGAAAGGGAAGAAAAAUAAAAGCAAAUAUUUUGUUCCUGGUGCCAAACUACCUUCACUGGCUUGAAUUCUAGUUGAGCAGUGAAACUGCCCUAGAGCCAAGACAUCACAAUGUCCUCUUAAGCUCUGGUGCACACACAGUCUCUUCUUAGCUGCAUCUGGUGAAGCUUGAAAGGAAAAAAUCUAUCUCCUUAUCUUCAUCUUGGGAAGUCUUCCAUCGCUCCUUUCUUGUGUGUUGGUACACAACCUUCUUUUGGAACUGAAAAUGGAAUCACAAGAAUUUCUAAGAUUGUUCUCACUAUUCUGCAGGUUAUAAGGUAUCUUGAACACUCAUGAUCCUUACCAGUCAUCUGUGGAAAUUGCACUGUCAAGUUCUUCAAACAUACUAUAGUGGGGUUAAGUCAGGCUUAUGAAGUCUGCAGAAGAGAUCAAUUUGAGGACAACUUAGAUCUUAGUGCAGUGGUGUGGAAAAAGUCUUAGAUGCCAGCUGUACUCAAGCCAUGCUACAGGCAACUUUUACAUUCUGAACUUUCACCUAAGUCUUUUACAGGCCUGUUCACAAGGUUUAGCAGCUUCCAAAAAAUUCAAAGCUGCCAGGACUGAUCAGACCUGAAGAUCUAUGCUAUGGCCUUCUCCAGUCCUUUUUAGAUAAAACAAGUGUCUGCCAACAGCUCCAUUCAGAGGCCUGUGGCUUUUCUUUUUCCUUCACAACUAUUUCAGCAGCCUUCGAGUCUUCUGAUAUUGAUUGACUUAUCCCUGGUCUUUUUUUUUUUUCUGGGGAUGCUUGCAUGCUUUCUCAGGGUUCCAGGCAGAGCCAGCCACUGUGCUCCAAAGGGUAACUUGGCAAUUGCAUUUUCAUGAUUAUGUCAAGAUCAGAGGUAACUUAGUGUUGAAGAUAAGAAUGAGAAUAUCUUGGAGUUGCAUCAGUUUAUCUGUGUGACCAUGUCCAAUAAAAAGCAUUUUUGCUUCACAUUGGGAAUUGCUUGGAAUCAGUAGCCUUUUGGGAGUUGUAUCAGACAGCCGGCCCUGUUUCAAAAUCUUGAUUAAGUAAUCCCCUGCCUUACAGUUGCUUCUGUAGCAGUGAGACAGGGUAGGUUUUUUAAAUCACUCCUGAAUGAAAAAAUAUGAAACUGAUUAUUAACAUCUGAUAUCAGUCAUCUGUCCUACAUCUUACAAGUUGUAACAGGCAAGCUGUUCUGGCUUGUUUUAAUCUCUGUACUUAAUAAUAUGAUUUCGGAAAUGAACUUUCCUGUACUUUGCUAUAAAGGAAAUAUAGGAACCAGGAUUUAUUAGCUUUAAUUUUAGUGGGCAGACUCUACUGAAGAAGAACUGCUCUAAAUGUAAGAGUUUGGGACAGUUGUUUUCAAUUGUGCCUUGUCUUUACAGAAACUUUUAAUUAUUGAGCUGAACUUUCUUCUGAUUUUGGCAGUGUUGGUUAUUUAGCUGUAAAUCCAUUGAAACAAGUAUGAUACUGCUUGUAGUGUAGGUAAGGUAUUUAUCACAUAAUUUUUUUUAUUGAGGCUAAAAAUGUUUGUUUCAAGAUGUGAUUUUUUUCUUCCAGGUAUGUGUUUUGAUUUACUCAACUUUCAAGCUGAUGUUAAAUAGAAGUUUUCUGGCAUCUGCUUUUCUUCUUUUUUUGAAAGUGCCAUUUCACUGAGAGUAGAGAUGCUUCUUGGUCCAGUCCCUUAAUUACAACAUGCUGUAGCUGUACAGAAUGUAUAAAUUAUUGAAAGUCCUUCAAACAUUACUUUGAAAAAUGAAGAGCAAGACAUCAGUUUCAGUCUUGUUGAACCAUUCUGUGUUUUCAUUUGUUUUUAUGAUCCCAUUUUAGUUUUUCUUUUCGGUAAUACUGUCUUGUACUUUUUUUUAUGAGAGGGAGUGGAAAAGGUUGAACUCCAUGGUUAUCUGGCAUACAACUACCAUUAUAGUUUGCAAACUAAUUAUAGUAUAACCCUGUCACGUAGCUCGCCUUUUGAUUAUUAUGGAUUAGCAGAAUUUGUAUGCAGGAAUGGAUCCUGUUACCUUGUUCCUUCCAUGUUAUUUUCAGAUUAUGGCACCGUCUAUCUGCAUAGCAUGAAGACAAACCUGAUUUAUACUCUUUGGCAAUCAUUAAAAAUAGCUAAAUCAUGAUUUUAAUACACUUUUUUUUUUUUAAAUUAAAUGUUAAAGGCCACUGCAGUAUUUCUCAAAUUUAAUCGAAAGAUCAUUUAAAAUAAAGUUUUGUGACAGUAUACCCUUUGACAUAAAAUUCAACAAUACACUUUCUGCAGGUAGCACUGAUUUCAAGUGAUAGCGUCAAAAAUAAGAAUUCAAUGAAGGCUGCAUUCAAUCUUCAGUUAAUACCAUUGUGCCCAGCUAUCCCAUUAUGUACAUGUUACACAAGCAAGGAUUUGGCACAGACAUCCUAUUUCAUGGCUACCAACAGUCUUCACCUUACUACAUUC